AUGUCCCUUACCUUGCUAGGUAUUCACCACGCCGCUCCCGCUCCGCUGACGCCUUCCAAGAUAGCAACGCGAUCAGGUAAAGUAUUUAAGGAUGUCUUGUUUGUCUCCGCGUCCGCGUGUCCGCGUAUCGGCGUCCUGCGGGAACCCGCGGGCCGCGGGCCGUGUGCGCCAGAGCAUUUGUGUCAGUGUCAAUCCAGCAGCAAGCACAUGCUCUCAACAAAAAUGCCGGCGUCUGAUACCGACUCUAAUCAGACCGCAUUUGAGACGUGA